AAGAUUCCCGUCCGGUUCACACGCAGUAUCACCGCACGCGCGUUUGUUUACAUCCAUUGACAGUCCGCCGACCGUGGUGUCGGCGUUAAUGGUUUGUGUCGUACAGCCAGAACUUAAAACCGAUGUUUGGCUUCUCGAAGCAAAGAUAGUUGGUUGGAUAUGAAACAUGGAUAGGUCGAAAUCAUGAUUACUGGCGGGAGUUUGCACUCCCUGAGCUGACUUACAUCCGGGCUCUUCUCCUUCGCAUGAUGAUGAUGUGGGCUCGGUGUGUUCGGCGCGUGCCGUCGCGCUUCUCCUCAUUGAGCCGCAGAGGCUGCAGCUCCGCGCCCACAGACGGUUUGGACCGACUGCGGUCGCUGCUGCAGCUCUGCGUGGACAGACACUACGUCUCUCCCGGCGAAACGAACGCAGAUCUGUUCCAGCGAGGCUUGAGCUGCAGCUACGGACCUCUGGGCACGGAGCUGAGGAGGAACCUGCUGGAGCAGUGGUGGCACUCCGUGACCACAGGCAGAGCCAGAGGCCAAGUGCUUGGGAUCAGCACUCUGUACGUCAGUCAGGAGGAGCGAGCAGCUGACGGACUGCGGCUUGUUGAGUGUGAGCAUAUAAAGCAGAUACUGGAUCGACAGGAGAGCAAAGAGGAGAUCAUCCAGGAGAUAAAAAUGCUGCUGGAAAGAUCCCCAGAAGUGAGGACAAAUCUACUGACAGGUGCCUUGCAGCAGUUGGUCCCGUCGUUGGAGCUGGUCAACAGAAAGCUCCCGUUCGGCCUGGCAGAGACGGGUUUGUGCUUCCAGCCUUCAGCUGGUUCUGGUUGCUCGGCUGAAAUCACGCAAACGUCUCUGGUUUGGUUCUGUUCUCCUCGCACUUCUUCUCAGUGGCUGGACCACUGGACACGACAACGACUGAAGUGGUGGAAGAAGUUCGCUCUUUCCCCGUCGGACUUCAGCAGCAGUGAAGUCCCCGAGCAGGAGCUGGAAGGCGCAGCUUCUCGCGGCGUGAGGAUCUUGUACAAUUUUCCGUGGGGAAGUGAGACUCUGGAGACGCUGUGGAGCCGAGGGAAUGCUGAACUCCUGCACGUGCAUAAAGGAGCACGCUCCAAACUGCAGUGUCGAGACGGCCAAAAGUCUGUCCCUCACGUUGUCUGGAUAAGCGGGAACAUGGAUCGCGGCGUGACGGCUUUUCUGUUUAACUCACUCCAGCAGCUGAAGAGGGAGGAGGGCCGGCAGAAGCUGCAGCAGAGAAAGGUUCUGAAGCUGCAUCCGGUGUUGGCUCCAGUCAAAGUGGCUCUAAACAUCGGAAGGGGGGCCACCAUGGAACUUAGACAGGUUUGUGGAGGCCUUCUGCAGGAGUUUCUGGAAGCUAAGAUCUUCACGUGGCCUGGAUAUCUUGAAACCGUGCCGACGUCAGCAGAGCAGCAAAUUGCCAAAUAUGAUGAGAUGGGAGUUCUGUUCUCUGUGGUGAUCAGUGACAACACACUGGAGAACGGCCUCGUUCAGGUCCGCAGCAGAGACACAACCAUCAGGGAGACCAUGCACAUUUCAGAGAUCCGGAAGUUUCUGUCCAGAUACAUUUCGGCAGCUGAAAACAUCUGAAUAAAACCUACAAUUGGAGUUUUAAAAAAGUUUAACCCCUUUAUCCAAAUUUUUCUUUUUUUUUUUCAGAAUAAAAGGGACUUUUUGUGGUUUUGUUCCAGACUACUUUCUAGUUUUUUACUAUUUAUAUUUGUUCCUUUUGUCAGUAUUAGAUACUAUGCAAAGUAAGUUUGUAAUUGUACUUUUUUAAAUAAACGUUAUUUAUAUACGUGA